CAAAACAUCCACGUCAAAAGAAUCAAUUCGCAAAAGUUGCAGAAGAAUAAAUUUGUUUUCUGUUAAUUCCAAGUUUUUUGAGGGAUUUCUGCGUAAAUUCACUGUGAAAUAUGGACUCGCUAAUGGAACCAACCCUGUACACCAUCAAGGGAAUGUGCAUUCUGGACAACGACGGCAACCGGAUACUGGCCAAGUACUACGAUAAGAACGUAUUCCCCACGGUGAAGGAGCAGAAGGCGUACGAGAAGAACCUGUUCAACAAAACGCACCGGGCAAAUGCGGAAAUCAUCAUGUUGGAUGGGUUGACCUGUGUCUACAAGAGCAAUGUGGAUCUGUUCUUCUACGUGAUGGGCAGCACGCACGAAAACGAGCUGAUUCUGCUGUCGGUGCUGAAUUGUUUGUUCGAUACGGUUACGAUGAUUCUGAAGAAGAACGUCGAGAAGCGGGCGGUGCUCGAGAACCUGGACAUUGUGAUGCUUGCCUUUGACGAGAUCUGCGAUGGAGGAAUCAUUCUGGACGCGGAUCCAUCGUCGGUGGUAAAGCGAGUUGACCUCCGCAACGAUGACAUUCCGAUCGGCGAACAGACCGUGGCACAGGUCCUUCAAUCGGCCAGAGAACAGUUGAAAUGGUCCCUGCUUAAGUAACUGUGUUCUCCCCCCUCUUGGAAUGUGUGGACUAUUUUACUAACAAUGCGUCUGUCAAGUAUAAGCGAUUCGGUUAAGUCUAACAUUCUAUUAAAUCAUAGUUAAACGAAAAAUAUAUACAUUUUAAAAUACAACUCCGCUGAACCCU